CUGGGUGGAGGACCAAGCCCGCAUGAUCUCAAAGAUGUCGCCGCAGCUGGUGAUCUCUCUGACAAGUCAACCAAAUCUCUUGCUGCAAUCAAGCACCACGUCAGCUUUACUAUCCCCGACCGGUCUGGUGGCAUAUAUGACGCAACAAGCCUGGUGGGCCAGGUUUAUCCGCCUGCGUCCAAGCCGUGGGAGAAUGAUCAAAAGCACAACGCUAACUACACUUUGGCUUUCAAUAUGAUUUUGAGGCAGAGGGACGAGAACAGAUACGACGAUGACCAGACGCUACGGAGGCUGAGAGUACUCAGGGCAGUGGCUACAUCUCCAGCAGCUUUUGCGAAGGAAAGCAGCGCUUGGGCUCGAACAUUCGGCGACUUUCUAUUCCACGACAAGCCUAGCGGUGUAGAUGAUGUGACUUUUCUCAGGGAACUCAGAGAUCAAGCAGCAAGUCGGGCAGCAGGUCACUCCCAGUCUCAGCCACCACGAGAGUACACACCCGAGCACAUCACCGAAGCGCAAGCGUCUGACGUCCAUCUCGGAGCCUCGUACCAACAGAACAUUGACAACAUCUUCGACGCCUCUCGAGUUCGCCAGGAAAUCUGGACGGCGCUGUGUCCGGGCAGGCAGUGCGUGGGUGGAUACCCCUUUGAGGUCCCCGUACCUCCGAUUGCCCAACUGAAGGCUCAUGUAAUUGACGACCUGGAGGACGACAACUCGGAUAAAAACCCAGGUCAGCGACUUCCUCUGGCAAACUACAUCCACCCACAUGUCACCAUCAGCCUCACCCAGCGAGAGCGGCCCGACGGCGAAGCUUUCCACACGCUGGUACUGGGCUUGACUGAGUCGACGUCCACUCUGCGCAGCUCCCGGCACGGACUGCUGCAGGCCUACGACAUGGCCGUCUGCCGGGUAUCCGAGGUCGAUAAAGACGGAGUCAGCUACUCCCUUCGAAGAGCGUUUGACGGCUGCCAUGCGGUGACGGAGAGCUUCGCGGCGGGCACAUUGCGCAUCGAAGAGAUGGCUAGACUGGAGAAGCAGAUUGAGAGGCUGGCGCCCCAAUGUUCGCAAUCCGAUAUGGUGACGGAGCGCAUCAAGGAAUGGAUGGAGAGGCGCAGAUACAAGGCACAGUAUACUUCCCAAGAGGCUUGGAGCGCUACACUUCGCAAGUGGUGGGGAAGAUGAGCAUGAUGAUGUGGGCGGGCUGGGUCGAGAGGAGCUGAAGGAGGCUUGUCUGCAGGCCAUAAAGGCCAAGAUUAAGGAAUGGAAGGAGAAGAAGCGAGCCAGCAGGGAUCCCGACUCUGAUGUGGAGAUUAUCGAGUCUCCUCCCAAGAAGAAGGCUCGG